UCUCCCCCUCAGGAGGACGGAGCGGCCUGGCGGGGGAAGGAAGGAGGCGCUGCCCGAAAGGAGGAGGAGGACGAGAGCGGCCCCCGCGGAGCAGCCCUGCCCGGUCCCGACGCGGCUUGUCCGGGAGAUGGCGGAGAAAGGCCGGGAGGCCUCGGGGCUGCAGGAGGGAUGAGCCCAGGGGAACCCCGGGAAAGGCGGCUGCCCGGAGGGCAAUGCGGGGAGAAGGAAACGGGCGGAGACUCCGAGACGGUCCUGGCGGGCGGAGAGUCCUUCGAAAGACCCGGGAAUCCCCAGAGGAUCCAGGAGGGAGGAAAGCGAUAUCAGUGCCCGGAAUGUGAAAAGUCCUUCAAAAGAAAUGGACAUCUUGAAAACCAUUUAAAAAUCCACUCUGGAGAAAAGAAAUACGGUUGCUCAGAAUGUGAAAAAUCCUUCAAAACAUACGAAAACUUCAAAAACCAUCUAAAAAUCCACAUGGGAGAGAAACCGUUUCAAUGCCGGGAAUGUGGGAAAAAUUUCACUCAGAGAGGAACUCUUCGUGUUCACGAAAGAAUCCACACUGGGCAAAAGCCGUAUAAAUGCCUGGAAUGUGGAAAAACCUUCAGUUUGAGUGGAAACCUUUAUGCACACCAAAGAAUCCAUACAGGAGAAAAACCAUAUAAAUGCCUUCAAUGUGGAAAAAGCUUCAGGCUCAGUGGGAACCUUAAUAUACAUAAAAGAACCCACACUGGAGAAAAGCCAUAUAAAUGCCAGGAGUGUGGAAAAAGCUUUGUUGUGGGUGGACACCUCCUUAGACAUCAAAGAAUUCACAUAGGUGAAAAGCUGCAUAAAUGCCUGAAAUGUGAAAAGACUUUUACUGAGAGGGAGAGCCUUUGUAAACAUAAAAAAAUCCACGCGAGAGAAAAACUGCAUAAAUGCCUGGAAUGUGGAAAGAGCUUCAGUCAGAGGAGAAGCCUUUAUAAUCAUCAAAGAAUUCACACUACAGAACAAAUCUGGAAAUGCCCAGAGUGUGGAGUGUCCUUUACAAAACUCAGAAGUCUGAGAAAUCAUCAAAGAAUCCACAUGAGAGAAAAGGAAUAUAAAUGCCCGGAGUGUGGAAAGAGCUUCAGUCAGAAGGGACAUCUUUAUAGACAUCAAAGGAUCCAUUCAGGGGAGAAGCCAUACAAAUGUCUGGAGUGUGGAAAGAGCUUUACUGAGAGUGCACAUCUCUGUCAACAUCAAAGAAUCCACACGGGAGAGAAACCAUAUGAAUGCCUGGAUUGUGGAAAGAGAUUCCGUCAAAAUGGGAGCCUUUAUAUGCAUCAAAGAAUCCACACAGGAGAGAAACCAUAUAAAUGCUUCGAGUGUGGAAAGAGCUUUACUGAUGGCAGACACCUCAGUCAACAUCAAAGAAUCCACACAGGAGAGAAACCAUAUCAGUGUCUGGAUUGUGGAAAAUCUUUCAGUCGGGUAGAACACCUCCAUCGACAUGAAAGAAUCCACACAGGACAGAAACCGUAUAAAUGUUUAAAGUGUGGAAAGAGUUUCAGUCACAAGACAAGCCUUUAUACACAUCAGAGAAUCCAUUUGGGAAAAAAACCCUUUAAAUGCCUAGAGUGUGGAAAAUGCUUUACUCAGGCUGGGCAUCUCUGUCAACAUCAAAGAAUUCAUACAGGAGAGAAACCGUAUAAAUGCCUGGAAUGUGGAAAGAGCUUCAGUCAGAGAGGAAACCUCCAUAUACAUCAAAGAAUCCAUUCAGGUGAGAAAUCCUAUAAACUACCUGAAUGUGGAAAGAAUUUUAAUAACAGAGCAGAUCUUAAUCAACAUGAAAGAAUCCACACAGGAGAAAAACCUUAUAAAUGCUUUGAGUGUGGAAAGAACUUCCGUCACAGGAGCAGCCAUGAGAGACAUCAAAGGAUCCACACGGGAGAGAAACCAUUUAAAUGCUUUGUGUGUGGAAAGUGCUUUAGUCAUAGGUGCAACCUUCAUGUACAUCAAAGGACCCACACAGGAGAAAAACCACAUAAAUGCACAGAGUGUGGAAAGAGUUUUCGUCAGAAGAGUUAUCUUUAUAUACAUCAGAGGAUCCAUUCUGGAGAGAAACCGUAUAAAUGCAAGGAGUGUGGAAAGCGAUUCAGUCAGAGGUGCCACCUUGUAAUACAUCAAAGAGUCCACUUGAGAGAGAAACAGCAAAAACGCCUCGGGAACCCCCAAGGAUUCCGUGAAGGAGAAAAACAAUAUCAAUGUACAGAAUGUGAAAAAUCUUUCAAAAGAAAGGCAGACCUUAAAAGCCAUCUAAGGAUGCACACUGGAGAGAGACCAUUCAAAUGCCUGGAGUGUGGAAAGAGCUUCAGUCUGAGUGGAAACUUUUACAAACAUCAAAGAAUUCACUCAGGAGAAAAACCAUACGAAUGCCUGCAGUGUGGAAAGAGCUUUACAGAGGGUUCAGCACUCCAAUGUCAUAAAAAAAUCCAUACUGGAGAGAAACCGUAUAAAUGCCACGAAUGUGGAAACCACUUCAGUUCAAGAAAAGACCUGUGUAGACAUGAAAUGAUUCACACAGGAGAAAAACCUCAUAAAUGUCUGGAGUGUGGAAAAGGCUUCAAUCGGACAGGGAAUCUUUACAUACAUCAAAGAAUCCACUCAGGAGACAAACCUCAUAAAUGCCUGGACUGUGGCAAGGCUUUCUCUUCAAAGAGAAACCUUGAUUCACAUCAAAGAAUCCACUCAGGAGAAAAACCAUAUAAAUGUCUGCAGUGUGGAAAGAGCUUCAAUCAGAGGGGAAACCUUUACAUACAUCAAAAAAUCCACUCAGGAGACAAACCAUUUCAAUGCCUGGAUUGUGGCAAGGGUUUCUCUUCAAAGAAAACCCUUGAUUCACAUCAAAGAAUCCACUCAGGAGACAAACGACACAAAUGUCUGGAGUGUGGAAACAGCUUCAGUCGGAGGGGAAGCCUUUACAUUCAUCAAAGAAUCCACUCAGGAGACAAACCAUUUCAAUGCCUGGAUUGUGGCAAGAGUUUCUCUUCAAUGAGAAGCCUUGAUUCACAUCAAAGAAUCCAUACUGGAGAAAAACGACACAAAUGUCUGGAGUGUGGAAACAGCUUCAGUCGGAGGGGAAGCCUUUACAUUCAUCAAAGAAUCCACACUGGAGAGAAACCAUAUAAAUGUCUGGAGUGUGGAAACAGCUUCAGUCGGAGGGGAAGCCUUUACAUUCAUCAGAGAAUCCACACUGGAGAGAAACCAUAUAAAUGUUUAGAGUGUGGAAACAGCUUUAGUAGGAGGGGAAGCCUUUACAUUCAUCAAAGAACUCACACUGGAGAGAAAACCUAGAAUCACCAUAAAAUUGUGUUUCCCGGAAAAUAAGCCCUAGUGGUUAUUUUGGGGUCCAAAAGAAAAUAAGGCUGGAUGUUAUUUUGGGUGGAACAUGAUAAAUGCAAUCAGGGUGGAAAAGAGCUUUACUAAGGAUGCAAAUCUCUGUCAUCAUUAAGGAAUCCACACAGGAGAAAAAUCACAUAAAUUCCUGGACUGAGGGAAAAGUUCAGAUCAAAGCAGGACCUGUAUUCCCAUCAAGGAAUCGAACAUGAGGAAAAACGUUUUAUAUGCUUUGAGUGUGGAAAGAGCUUUACUGAUGAUGGACUCCUUCAUCGACAUGAAUGGAUUCACAUGGGGAGAAAUGCUAAAUGUGCCUGAGUGUGGAAAGACCUUCAGUCAGAUAUGUGCCUGAAUAAUUCAGUUCAAUUGGUUCAGUCAAGUGUGAUUAGACCUACAAGGAAUUUGCUUCCGGUGCUGAAGCUCUCAGUGUACACACAAAACAACAGAGUAAUGAUAAC